AUGUCAGGAGCACAGGACGUCAAGCUGCCCGUCUACCCCUCCGACAACAACGACCCGCUUAGCUCAAAGGGCCUCUUGAACGAGCGCGAUGAGGGACUCCCGACCGCCGUCACCAACGCGACGUCGGCCAAGCCAGCCGCGAGCAUGGCCAGCGCGGAGGGGAUCAAGAAGAUCUGGCCUGGCUACAUCAUCAUGGUCUGGAUCGCUUUGAGCAGUGGUGUCAUCCUCCAGAACGCCUACAUCCUGCGGACACUCCAAUUCAACUACCCCAUCGCAUUGACGACUUGGCACUUGGUCUACGCGACCAUCGGCACCCGUCUCCUCCUCCGCUUCACACACCUCCUCGACGACCUGCACAAGGUUCAGAUGUCCUGGGACCGCUGGCUCCGCAACAUUGUCCCCAUUGGCGCCCUCUUCUCCGGAUCCCUCAUCUUCUCCAACUUCGCCUACCUCAGUCUCUCCGUCUCGUUCAUCCAGAUGCUGAAGGCGUUCACCUCCGUCGCGGUCUUGGGCAUGUCGGUCCUCUUCGGACUCGAGCAGAUGCAGCCGCGCAAGUUUGUGAUUGUCAUCGCAAUCUCCUGCGGAGUCGCCCUCGCCUCGUACGGCGAGAUCGCAUUCGACAUGGGCGGCUUCAUCUGCCAGGCGCUCGGUAUCGCUUUCGAGUCAGCGCGCCUCGUCUCGAUCCAGCUGCUCAUGUCGGGCUUGAAGAUGGGACCUCUCGUCUCGCUCUACUACUUUGCACCGGUCUGCGCCGGCCUUAACAUGAUGCUCAUCCCCUUCUUCGAGGGCGCCGCGCCAUUCCAAGACGCCCUCGAGGUUGUCGGCCUCCCCAUCCUCGUCGGCAACGCCACGACCGCCUUUGCGCUCAACGUCGCCGUCGUCUUCCUGAUCGGCUGCGCAAGUUCGCUUGUCCUCACGCUCUCGGGCGUCAUCAAGGACAUCCUUCUCGUCCUCGGGUCGGUCGUCUUGAUGGGAUCGACCGUGACCUUCACUCAGUUCGUCGGCUACGGCAUCGCCCUCUUCGGCCUGGUCGUCUUCAAGCUCCCGAAGGAGACGGUCGACAAGUACAUGAUCCAGGUUCGCGGUGCGCUCGGCCGAUGA